AUGCGCUGCGCCCUCGCCAAGCCCUGCCCUCGCUCUCCCCCAAGGGCCACCCAGCUGCUAGCCAAGGGGCGCCCCCUGCUGGCCUUCCCGGUCCCCAGCCGGCCCCACGGCUCCCUCUGCAGGGCAAACCGAGGGGGUCGUCCCCCCCAUAACGCAGCAACCGGGGAGGGGGGUCUCUUUCUGCAAGGCAUGGUUUCAAAACAAGACGCUGUCACGGACGGGUGUGAAUUCUGGCGUGGUGACGUCUUUCCGGACCAGCUGGACGGACCUUUUCCCGAGAAGGGUCAGGAUCCCUCCAAGGACUCCACCUCUAAACUCAGAGAAAUCUUGGCGCGCCAGGAGCCGACCCUAACCAUCCAGGGCGCCACCGCCACCGUCCAGUUCCAAACUGGAAGGCAAGGCUUGACCUUCGACCUUUCCAAGGCGCCUCUCCCGGAAGCAAGGAAACAGCUCCAGGAUCUGAUGUUUGGCUUGGUGGAGCAGCUCCAAGCGCUGGAGAAAUGCUCCAAAGAGGGUGCUAUUGCUACAAACCUAUUGCCACUCAGCAGCCCUGAGAAGAACACCUUAAGCAGCCAAAUCCUCUUUGCUCCAGGUAUAAGUCCUCCAAAAAGCAAGGGUGGCGCCGGGCAAACGUCAACCAAGAAAAGGAUACCUGGCGAAUCGCUCAUUAACCCUGGAUUCAAAAGCAAGAAGAUUCCCACCGGGGUGGACUUUGAAGAUCCCUGAACGAAGGAUGGGCCACGUUUUCAGAAUCAAAUGCCAAAGAGCCACUCCCUGGAUGUCCCUGAACCGGGUCUUUUAACUAUUUAUGCCUCAUGGAACAAAGGGCCAAAAAGUCCCUUCCUUAAGGUAUUUUAGCAAGCUAUUUUAAAUAUGUACAUAUAAAUAAAUUUUAAAAAACUAAA